AUGGUUACCGCUGACUCUGAUCAAGUCCCUGCUAUGGGCCAAGACACUGAAAGUGCACUGCGGGGUAUCCAGAUCUUUCUAGAAGCCCAGAUCGCACCCGCAGUGUCUGGAUACGGGCUGCGUCAUGCGGCUUAUUGGAUUGCACUGCGACAAGAAAUCACCACCGCAUUUAGCAAACAACGAACCUUCCGACUCCCUCUAGGGCCUUGCGAGCCAUAUCGAUCCUUCGAGCCUGCUGAUGACUACGUAUGGGCAGACAGACUAGUAAUUCACUGCGCCGAUGUUCUACAAUAUUGUUAUGGAUCUGAAGAAGAUCUGCACAGGGAUCAACAUCCUUCAAGCAUGGGGAUCCUGCAGACGGGAACCGACAUGCGCCUCGCACGCUACGAGGAGCUCGUCACAUUUGAAACUCUCUGGGCUGAGCUGGGUCCGCCCAGUUUCAAACCUAUCUAUUCCCGAGAACCUGAUCGCUCAUGCGGUGAGGUCUUUCCUGAGCUGUGGUACCUGAACAACUGCCAUGUUGCAGGCCUCCAGUUUCUUGAACUCGCCCGGAUUUUGCUCAUCGUAUAUAAUCCUAACUUGCCCCGUUUGGGUCCUGGUCAACGCACAGCAAUGCGAUCGGUCGAUCAGCAAUUGCGGUCGAUUGUUGUGCGGUUAUGUGGGAUUGCGCUCUCCAAUGAACAUAGUCCACCUGGUCUGGUGACGGCCUCCGCUGCAAUUGGAAUGUGUGGAGACAGGUUUACCGAAAAACUUGAACAGGAGGCUUUGCUUGGUGUGUUGAUCCAGUUGGAGGACAAGCAUGCGUAUCCCACUUUAAGUGUUCAGGCGUCGUUGAAAGUAGCAUGGGGCUGGGAGGGGUAUGAGGAGUAA